CAUUUGUUGCUUGUGGAGUCUGCUAAACCCUAACACAACACAGGCUUAAGCUGUCUGGCUUUGCUUCACCGUCUUCCAUGGCAGACCAACACCAACAAAACACCACCAUCUCCAAAGCCUUCCCUGUAAAACCCAAGCUAAAACCCAAACCCAGAACCCCAUCAAAAUCCCCAGAAUCCAAAUACUGGUCCUCCUUCAAGUCCCAUCAAAUCCAGAACCUAAUUUCUUCAAUACCUUCUAUCGCCUUCUCUCCUGUACCCUCUUCUCAUCUCUUCGCCGCCGCCAAUUCUGCCUCCCUCACUUUCUUCUCCUCUCAAACCUUUUCUCCUACCUCCUCCAUCUCCUCCUUCUCUGACGUCGUUUCUUCCUGCUCCUUCCGCUCAGAUGGAUCCCUUAUUGCCGCCUCUGAUCUCUCCGGUCUUGUACAGGUGUUUGAUGUCAAAACCCGGACCCCACUUCGUCGCCUCCGCUCUCAUACUCGUCCUGCCCGGUUCGUUAAGUAUCCUGUUCACGACAAGCUACAUUUGGUGUCUGGUGGCGAUGAUACGGUUGUUAAGUAUUGGGAUGUUGCUGGGGAGAGUGUGGUUUUGGACUUGCUGGGUCAUAAGGAUUAUGUGAGGUGUGGAGAUUGUUCUCCAGUCAAUGCAGAGAUGUUUGUUACUGGGUCUUAUGAUCACACCGUGAAGUUGUGGGAUGUGAGAGUAGAGAGUAAAAAAUCAGUGAUAGAAGUGAACCAUGGGAAGCCUAUUGAGGACGUGAUGUUUUUGCCUUCUGGUGGAAUGAUUGCUACUGCAGGAGGCAACACUGUGAAGAUAUGGGAUUUGAUUGGGGGAGGAAAGAUGGUGCAUUCCUUGGAGAGUCAUAACAAGACUGUUACAUCCAUUUGUGUGGGGAAAAUAAUGGGGCAAGAGAAUGGAGAGGAGACAAUUCAGUAUAGGAUUAUGAGUGUGGGUUUGGAUGGAUAUAUGAAAGUGUUUGAUUAUGCCAAAAUGAAGGUUACUCAUUCAAUGAGGUUUCCUGCUCCGCUUAUGUCAGUUGGGGUUUCGCAGGAUUGUAUGGCAAGAGCAAUUGGAACAUCCAAUGGGAUUAUAUUUGGUGGGAAGAGGAAGAUGAAGGAAAAUGAGGAAAAGAGUGAAUUACGGGAUUUCUUGGGGCUAGGGAGUGUGGAGGAGCCGCAGAGGCGGAUUCUGAGGCCUACCUAUUUUAGGUACUUUCACAGGAGUCAGGGAGAGAAACCAAAUGAGGGUGAUUAUUUGAUAAUGAGACCAAAGAAGGUGAAAUUUGCAGAGCAUGAUAAAUUGUUGAAGAAGUUCAGGCAUAAGGAAGCUUUGGUUUCAGCAUUAACCGGGAAGAAUCCAGAGAAUGUGGUAGCUGUAAUGGAGGAACUGGUUGCAAGGAGGAAGUUGCUGAAAUGUGUAUCGAAUUUAGACGAGGAAGAGCUUGGAUUGCUGUUGGGAUUCUUACAUAAGUACUCAACUAUGCCAAGACAUUCUGGGUUGCUAAUGGGGUUAACAAGAAAGGUACUUGAGAUGCGAGCUGAUGAUAUUAGAGGUUCUGAUGCACUGAAGGGUCAUAUCAGAAAUCUCAAGCGCUCAGUUGAGGAGGAGAUCAGAAUACAAGAGUCACUGCAGGAGAUACAGGGCAUAAUUUCGCCAUUACUAAGGAUUGCUGGGAGAAGAUAAAGAUGGUAUCUUGCUUUUGUUUUGUAAGGUUUACAUCGUGGAAAAAAAAAAAACACUUUCUAUGUAAUUGUUGUUGGCCAAGAUGUUUCUAUAUGAGAGUUACUGUUGGAAAACUGUUACUUAAAGAAUGGAGAGGAGCUGAUUUGAGCAAUGUAGUUGUAUUUACUAUCCUCACCUUCAGUUUCUUUGAUUCUUACUUUAGAUAUGCUUGUUUCAGCGAUUGUGGUUAGCAGUGGCCAUUAUGAACAUUGGUCCGACCUCAGUUGUGUCAAUUACGGGUAACUAGCUGUGUUAUUCAUGUGACAGUGAAAGGAAAAUAUGUCAUUUAUGUGACAAUGAAAAGGAAAAUAUGUUAUUCAUGCAA